GGCGCGACCUCCGGGCACGACAGGGGACAUCGAGGGCAGGAAGAGAAGGCCAUGACAGUGUAGGUCGGCGGCCAGAGAUGGAUCGGUUCAGCGAGUGCGGGACGCAGACGGACGCGGUGGUGGUGCUGUCCCUGGCGCAGGCUGCGGUGCUGGGCCUGGUGUCCGAUAAUGAGCUGCUCGGGGCCACCAUCACCCCUGCCGGCAUCUUCCCWGGGCUGGCCGGGGAGCAGCUGGACAAUGCCACCAUGGAGCCUGGGGAGCCUGAGGGUGAGGAGCAGGCGCCUGGGGACGGGCAGGACGAGGACACCCUGGAGGCAGAGUCCUCCCUGGAGAAGCAUGCCCGGAGGAGGAAGAGGCCACCCGUGAGGCUGGUGCCCAAGGUCAAGAGCGAGAAGGCAGAGGUGGAGGCCGAGCCACCGUACACCGUGUCCGUCCCUGAGGACAAGGAGGGCGAGGGGCAGCACRGCCAUCCGCCCCAGCCCCCAGAGCCCAGCCAGGAGCCAGCAGUGCAGAGCGGUGCCGUGAAGAUGAUCGACCUGGGCACCUUCAGCAGGAAGCCCCGACGCCUGCGGCACCUGCGCCGGCAUCGGGAGCUGGAGGGCACCGAGCGCCGGCGCAGGGGCGGUGACACGGCCGGUGGCACUGCAGGGGCCCCGCRAACCGUGGGCACCUUCGAGGUGGGCGCCCCGUCCCCUGACGAGGCRGAGGCCCCCGCGCCAGCAUCCCCCGAGCAGGUGAAGAGCGAGCAGGGCUGUGGCUGGCAGGAGCCGGGGGAGCUGGAGGCGGCCGGYGGCACCAGCGAGCACAGCAGGAAGGCGCAGCUGGACCGGCUGGACAUCAACGUGCAGAUCGACGACUCCUACCUGGUGGAGGCGGGGGACCGCCAGAAGCGCUGGCAGUGCCGCAUGUGCGAGAAGUCCUACACCUCCAAGUACAACCUGGUGACCCACAUCCUGGGCCACAACGGCAUCAAGCCCCACUCGUGCCCGCACUGCAACAAGCUGUUCAAGCAGCCCAGCCACCUGCAGACCCACCUGCUGACCCACCAGGGCACGCGGCCCCACAAGUGCGGGGUGUGCGGCAAGGCYUUCACCCAGACCAGCCACCUGAAGCGGCACAUGCUGCUGCACACCGACAUCAAGCCCUACAGCUGCCGCUUCUGCGGCCGCGGCUUCGCCUACCCCAGCGAGCUGAAGGCGCACGAGGUGAAGCACGAGAGCGGGCGCUGCCACGUGUGCGUGGAGUGCGGGCUGGACUUCUCCACGCUCACCCAGCUGAAGCGGCACCUGGCCACRCAUCAGGGCCCCACGCUCUACCAGUGCCUGGAGUGCAGCAAGUCCUUCCACUACCGCAGCCAGCUGCAGAACCACAUGCUGAAGCACCAGAACGUCCGGCCCUUUGUCUGCACCGAGUGCGGGAUGGAGUUCAGCCAGAUCCACCACCUCAAGCAGCACUCACUCACGCACAAGGGCGUGAAGGAGUUCAAGUGUGAGGUGUGCGGGCGGGAGUUCACGCUGCAGGCCAACAUGAAGCGGCACAUGCUGAUCCACACCAGUGUCCGGCCCUACCAGUGCCACAUCUGCUUCAAGACCUUUGUGCAGAAGCAGACGCUCAAGACCCACAUGAUUGUGCACUCRCCAGUGAAGCCGUUCAAGUGCAAGGUCUGCGGCAAGUCCUUCAACCGCAUGUACAACCUGCUGGGCCACAUGCACCUGCACGCCGGCAGCAAGCCCUUCAAGUGUCCCUACUGCUCCAGCAAGUUCAACCUGAAGGGCAACCUCAGCCGGCACAUGAAGGUCAAGCACGGGGUGAUGGACAUCAGCCUGGACAGCCAAGAUGCCAUGAUGGAGCUGGCCGGGACUGACCACGCCGAGCUGGAUGGCCAGCAGGAGAUGGAUGACUUCGAGGAGGAGAACUCUUACGGCUACGAGGCUGUGGGCAACCCCCAGGAUGAGCACACGCUGGCCGAGCAGGCCAUGAAGGAGAUGGCCUACUACAACAUGUUGUAGCCAAAGCUGGUGGGGCUGUGCGGGCUUGAUGGGGUUAAGAGGGGCUGCAGCACCCAGCCAGGCCAAGCAGAGCUGGAGGGAUGGCUUCCACUGUGCUCAGAGAACACAGGAAUGUCCAGAAGCCUUUGCUGGACCUGCCCUGGCUCUGUUGCUGCCCCCCUGCCCCUGCCUGCACCCUGCAUCUGGUGACUUGAAGCUGCAGGCAGGCAAGGCAUGACCCAGCAGAUCACUGAAUGAGUAAGGAUGGAAGGGGCUGCUAGAUGAUGAGCAUCACUAAUUGUUCUACCUCCUGGGUCCCCCCUUGGCUGCACAGGGGUUCCCCCGGACCCCCUGGCAGGCAGAAGCCCCUGCCUGCAGGAGGAGGUGGGUUUGCAUUUGCCACUCAGCCCGGGGCUCCCUGUGCCAGGCCCCGGGACACAGAACAGAAUAUUUUCAUAGAAGCUCAGGGUGCAGUCAGCACCCGUAGCUCUGGGUCUGGAGCUGCAGCCAGCAGUGGAUGCGGGGGAGGCAAACCCAGUCCAGCCCCAGCAAAUGAUGGUAUUUUGAAAGUAAUUUAUUUUUUUCAGAUGUGCCGCGUGGUUGGAUAUAUCUUUUCACUGAGUUCAGUUCCCUUCAACCAAUGUGCUUUGUAAACCUGUGUAAGCUGCGUGGUCUGUGUGGGGAGAGGGAGUUGUGAGGGGCUGAGGGCCAGAGCAGGGUCCUGGCAGCCCUCCUUGCCCCCCGGCUGCUCUGGGGCUCGAGGAAAAGGCUCUCACUAGGGCAGCUUGUGGGGUGGGGGUUUGCCUCCACCGUGCCCGGGGAUUUGGCAGCUGUGGCACUGCGGAGUCUGGGAGCACCAUCUGGGCUCUUCACUCUCCCAGCUGGGGGGCAGAGGACUCACAGAACCCACAGCAUUGCUCCCCAAGUGUGCCCAGAGCUGGGUGGGCUCCUGGCAGGCAGCAGGACCUGGGGUCCAGCCAGGGCACAGGGUCUGGGACCCCUGUCCUGACCCCACACCCUCCCUACACUGYCAGUGGCUGUGUUCAGUGGGGCUGAGCACCAUCUGCCCCAUCCCCAAAAGGCCCGGGGUGGUUCUGGGUGUGGCACCACUCAGUCCCCCACAAGUGCCUAUUACCCCUGCCACCCACCUCUUCCUGCCACUAUUAUCCUUGGGACAGAACGGAGAUGGCCACAGCCUUGGCCAGCCCYGACCCCUCCUCAGCACCCCCAAAUGCUAAAUUGGCCAUUUUGGCCAAUGCCAAAAUGYCAGAGCGCACAGCCCCCCUAGGCUGGCAAGGCUGAGCUGAGGGCUCUGGCUGGCCCCCGUGCCCACACUGCAAAGYUGUGCCCUAUAUUGUGCCAUGGCUGGGGAGAUAUUUAAUGGCACCGCACAUUUAUGUGAUACAUGAAUGAGGGCAGGG